GUCAGAGUGUUGGCAGAGCUGCAGGAGAGGAGACGUCUCUCUGUUUCUCUCUGAAGACUAAUUCAACUGAAGACAAACACUGGUUGUAGAGAUGUCUGCUGCCAGCUGUCUGCUGACUGAAGAUCAGUUCCUGUGCUCCAUCUGUCUGGAUGUCUUCACUGAUCCUGUCACCUUAUCAUGUGGACACAACUUCUGUCAAAACUGCAUCACUGAACACUGGGAUAGUAAUGUCUCCUGUCAGUGUCCCAACUGUAAAGAGAGGUUCUCCAGCAGACCACAGCUGAAGAUCAACACCUUCAUCAAGGAGAUGUCUGCUCAGUUCAGACAGUCAGCUCAGCAGAAAUCCAGCAGCAGCAGCUCAGAGAGACAAGUUUCCAAACCAGGAGAAGUUCCCUGUGACGUCUGCACUGGAACCAAAGUGAAGGCCCUGAAGUCCUGCCUGGUGUGUCUGGCUUCUUACUGUGAGACUCACCUGGAGCCUCAUCUGACCAAGUCAGGUCUGAAGAGACAUCAGCUGAUGGACCCUGUGGAGAACCUGGAAGACAGGAUGUGUGAGAAGCACGACAAACUGCUGGAGCUGUUCUGUAAGAACGACCAGAGGUGUGUCUGCGUGCUGUGCUCAGUUACAGACCACAAGACUCAUGAUGUUGUUCCUCUGAGAGAAGAAUAUGAAGGAAAGAAGGCCGAGCUGGGGAAGACAGAGGCUGAAAUUCAGCAGAUGAUCCAGAAGAGACGAGUGAAGAUUGAAGAGCUCAAACACUCAGUGGAGCUCAGUGAUGAGAACGCAGACAGAGAGAUAGCAGAAGGUGUUGGAGUCUUCAGCGCUCUGAAAGAAUCUGUAGAGAGACGCCAGGCUGAGCUCAUCAACAGCAUCAAAGAGAAGCAGAGAGAGACGGAGAAACAGGCUGAAGGCUUCAUCAGAGAGCUGGAACAGGAAAUCUCUGAGCUGGAGAAGAGACGUGCUGAGGUGGAGCAGCUCUCACGCUGUGAAGACCACCUCCAACUCCUCCAGAACUUCACGUCUCUGAACGCUGCUCCACCCACCAAGGACUGGACUGAAGUCAGAGUCCAUCCACCUUCAUAUGAGGGGACUGUGGUGAGAGCUGUGAAGCAGCUGGAGGAGACCAUCAGUGAACAGAUGAAGAAGCUGUUUGAGACUGAGCUGAAGAGAGUCCAGCAGUAUGAGGUGGAUGUGACUCUAGAUCCUGAUGUAGUUUAUCCCAGAUCUCCCGACAGACCCCAGGAUAAUAGCUGUAGAUGUGUCUUAUCAAAGCAUGGUUUCACUUCAGGCAGAUUUUACUUUGAAGCCAAGGUUAAAAAGUGGCCAUCAUGGACUGUAGGAGUGGUCAGAAAGAUGGCCAACAUGGAGAAAACCACACUGAGCCCCACAAACGGUCACUGGACUAUAUGUCUGGAUCGUCGAGGCAACUACUUCGCUGCUGCUGGUCCAUCAGUCUGCCUCUCUCUUCAGUCUGGUCCUGAGAAGGUGGGGGUGUUUGUGGAUUAUGAGGAGGGUCUGGUCUCCUUUUAUUGUGUUGAUGCUGCAGCUCUGAUCUACUCCUUUACUGGCUGCUCCUUCACUGAGAAAAUCUACCCGUACUUCAGUCCCUGCAGGAAUGAUGGUGCCACAAUCCACAAGGGUUUUUCUCCACUGACGUUAUUUUUUUUAAAACAUUAA